GCGCCCUCGCUGGCCCCGCCCCCUCCGGCCCCCGGCCGGGCAGGGCCGAGCAGCCAUUUUGGGCAGAGCUUUGUUAUGGUUCUGAGGCCGCAGGAGGCAGCGAGAGGGGCCUGGCCGUGACUACCAUUCCUGUCUCACCUCUUUGAUGGAAGAGGGCUAUGACCCCGAAGUGAACUCUCCACUGUAGAACAAGAAGCUCUUGUGAAAUAAUUGUGUCCCUAUAAAAGCAGCACCCAGUCUACAAAAAAUAGAAGACAUUAUUUUUUAAUCUGGCUUUUUUUUUUUUGUUCAUGUGACCUAUGUUUCAGCAUGUAAAUGGUGAAAAACAGGGAAAACCUUUGUGCCUGCUUUUGAGCUUUAUAUCAAGUAGUGCUUAGUGCAUUAACCCAAGUUAGGUGAAGAUCAGAGUAUAUCCUAACAUUCUUUUUUUUUUUUAACUAUUUUACCUUUUUUUAGCAGAUGUAUGUGAUAAAAAUGAAGUUUAUAUUUUAAGAGCACUUGGGCAGAUGAUGCUUCUUUAGAUCUCAGCAUUUGGGGCAAACAUUGGGGUUUUUUUAUAUAACAUCGUUUUUCCAAAGUGUUCAGCUUGAUUUGCUGCAGAUCAUGAGUUAUCCAGCAGAUUUGGGUGUAUCUGCUCAGUAUUAACCAUGAUGUUGCUCUGAAUGUUGUCAUGCAGACUUGACAUACCUUUUGGUAAUGUAAAGGCUGACUUCCGGACUACUACGACCAGAGGAAAUUUAAUGAGGUGAACGUGGUCGUGGCUUUUUUCUUAAUAUAAAUUACCUUCUUAGGUAUCUUUUUUGUAGUGAGAGUACAAAGAGAGGUUAAAAUGAGCAGCUGAGGGGGUGAAGGGUAUUGUUGGCACGAAGUGCGGCCUCUCGUGCUCAGCUUCGAGACGCACUGUUGCCUCAAGGCUGGCCUUACGGCAUACUGGAGAAAGAAGGAACCCAGAGGACAGUGAAGCACAGAAACUGAGGACAUUGGACUGCAGAGGCCAAACUCAGGUAGAAGUUGCUAUGACGUGUUGGAAUCACUAAAUGCUUGGAGUUGGAAGAGACCUCUAGAGAUCAUCCAGUCCAACCCCCUGCUAAAGCAGAUUCAUCUUGUUCAGAGUGCACAGGAACAUGUCCAGAUCCUGGCCAUGAGGUUUGAUGCCUCAUUUUAUUGAAGGGAGACACUGGACCUAAAUGGCGCAGCAUGACUUUGUUCCUGCCUGGCUUAACUUCUCAACGCCACAGUCAACCAAGUCCCCUGCAGCCACCUUUGAGAAACAUGGAGAGCAUCUUCCCCGGGGAGAGGGCCGCUUUGGGGUGAGCCGUAGGAGACACAACUCUUCUGAUGGAUUUUUCAAUAACGGGCCCCUCCGAACUGCGGGAGACUGCUGGCAUCAGCCGUCCCUUCUUCGCCAUGAUUCUGUAGAUUCUGGUGUUUCUAAAGGAGCUCAUGUUGGGCUUUCUGGCAGUCAGCCUGGCUGGCAUGGUCCCUCACGGGGCCAUGAUGGUGGGAACCAGCGUGGUGGAGGAGGAACUGGAGUUCAUCGCCACUGGAAUGGCAACUUCCAUUCUCGGAAAAGUUCUGCCUUUCAAGAAAAGCUGCCUGUUGAAUCCAGGGAAGAGAAGAAGGACGAUAAAGAGCAGUUGCAAUUUGAGGAAGAAGACUUUCCAUCUUUGAAUCCAGAAGCUGGAAGACACAACCACCAGAACAAACCUUUAGGGACACCUUCUGGAGUAUGGGAAAACCCCCCUAGUGCCAAGCAACCUACCAAGAUGCUGGUCAUCAAAAAGGUUUCAAAAGAGGAUCCUGCUGCCGCCUUCUCAGCUGCAUUUACAUCACCUGUUUCUCACCUGGCAAAUGGCAACAAAGCCACUACCAUUGUCCCAAGUGUCUACAAAAAUCUGGUUCCUAAACCUGCAGCUCCCCCUUCCAAGCCAAGCCCAUGGAAAGCCAACAGAAGUGAACACAAACCAGGCUCGCUCUCCUCCAGCCGUGACUCUGCCUUUACCAGUCCAGUGUCUGUAACCAAACCAGCGGUACUGGCCAGCAGCUCAGUGCUCACCUCUCCCAAAGAGAGUCCUUCCAGCACCACCCCUCCCAUCGAGAUCUGCUCCUCACGCCUGACCAAGCUGAUGCGCCGCACCACUGAUAAAAAGAGCGAGUUCCUGAAGGCACUGAAGGAUGACAGGAAUGGGGAGAUAACAGAGAACAGAGAAUGUGACAAGCUGGAUGAUAUGGAGAGCAACAGCACACCAGAACCAAAGGAAAACUGGGAAGAGAACUGCCAUCAGAACGGCCUUUCUCUCCCUUUGCCGGAGGAGGGGGAAAACCUCUCUCAUUCAUUGGAAGCAGAACACAGGUUACUGAAAGAAAUGGGAUGGCAGGAGUAUCCUGAAAAUGAUGAAAACUACCUUCCCCUCACAGAGGAUGAGCUCAGAGAGUUCCAGAUUAAAUCAGAGCAGCGAAGAAGAAACGGAUUUGGGAAGAACGGAUUUCUUCAGGGCCGCGGCUCCAGCCUGUUGUUCCACUGGAGAAGCACUUUCAAGACAAAGAUUGAGGACUCAGACACAGAAACCAGUAGCAGCGAGACGUCAGAUGAUGAUGCCUGAGAGCGGGCACCAGAAAAGUUAAAAUAAAUAAACCCAACCCAAUAAACUCAGUUCAUAGUUCACCACGUGUUUGGGGUUGUAUAAACAGAGUUUAUUCUGUCUCCGGUCUCUUCAGUUUGGGGCUCGUUUGGGGGUUUGUUUUCCUUUUCUUUUCUGUUUGUUUGUUUCCUUUUCGUUGUUGAUACUUCAUGCACAAGGGAAAUAAUUGUAUCCCAAAGAAGAGAGAGGAAAAAUUGGCUUCUUUAGCUUUUUUUCUUUUGGUUUUGCCCUAAUGCUUACUAGAAGUUUGUGCAGCUAGCAAGUUUUGACAGUGAUCCCUUGCGGGGGUGGGGGCGGGACACCAGUGGCCCCACCGAUCUGACUGAUCUUGGCAACAACAAGCUUCUAACAGUGUCGCCCCGCGGCGGGCAACAGUGUGCUAAAACAAUCAUUGUCAAUGACAAAAUGGCUAUUGAAGUUCUAAUUAUGUUUAAAUUAAUGCUAAUACCAUGGAUUCUUUUGUUGUUCUCUGGUUUUUGCGGCUCGGGGGGAGCUUCAUCACUUAACCAGGCGUUUGUGGUUUUCUUCUCUUUUUGGGUUUAUUGUUUGUUUUGUUUCUUUUUUUUCCUUUUGGGUACAGCUGUAAAAUAUUUGGAUAUAGGACUUGUUUGUGUUCUUCUUCUUGCAGCCUUGAUAUUCAGGGUGGAUUGUAAAAUAUAAAUUUUUUGUGAGAUUUCAAAGAUUAAGAUUAUUUUGAUAACAUUAUUUACAGAUUUAAAAAGAAAAAGAAGUGACUAUCACAUUGAGUCUGUAUGAGGGGGAAAAAAAACUACUGCAUCAAAAAUAACUAACUUGGAAUAAAUAUUUUGCAUCAGUUUGCCAA